AUGGCAGGUGAAAUUCAGAGCACCGGGCUCGCCACUCUCAGGGAAGUCUAUUCGGCGAUCAUUACAUCUUUUAGUAUCGAGAACAAGCUUCCAAUGACUGAUAGCAUCAUUGAGCUGGCUCGAGAACAUGCAAGACCACAUGAAGAGCGUGGCGACAUGAAGAAGGUGACGGAAGUAUACUUGUGGUUGAUGAAGACAGCUCGUCUUUUCCCACGCUCCACUUCGUUUUUUUCAAAGUCUACCGCGGUGAUGGUGGAUCAUCUCGGCCAAUUGAUCCUGUCCACUGAGCUCUCAGACCGCCUGAAACCGAUUGCUCUACCACAGAAACCUUUUGAAAGAAGGAUUAAGCCGCCGAAGGAAACCUCUCUUCAACAAAAAGUCGAAGAUGAGCUACAACUCGGCGAGCCAGAAAGCAGAAGUCUCUUGAUCCGGCUGAUGCUCUUGUAUGAUGACCAGAAUCGUCUUCACAACAUUCCCUCUCGGUUCAUGGAGAUUGCGUAUCGGGAUCCCGCCUUUGUUCAGGAAAGAAAAUCACCUCAACGCAGGUCUUCACGAGAGUAUAACGAGGGUAUUGAAAAACGCGAUAUCACUGGCUGGACACAAUUGCAUCGAGAAGCCGCUGGAGGAAGGACGCUUCCACUAGCCGGUCUCCUGGAAAAUGAUUUAGAUCCAGAUACACGGGACCUCGCUGGGCAGACAGCACUCCAUGUCGCCUGUCAAGCCGGUGAGAUCGACACAGCAACCAUUCUUACUAGACAAGGCGCAGACGUCAAUGUCAGAGCCAGAACUGGAUCUACGCCUCUUCAUUAUGCAGCUAGAGAAGGCUUCAUAUCGAUUGUCAAACUCCUUGUUGAAUCUGGGGCACAAUUUGACGCAAUGGAUUCCGCGAGAAUGACACCAGCCAUGUGGGCCGCUCUUGAAGGAAAGAACGAGGUUUUGUCUUAUCUGUGGAAGAAUGCAAACUUCAACCUACGAGAUAAAGGUGGGAGAACAAUACUUCAUCACGCGGUACUGGGUGGACCUUGUGGCAUAGUCGGUGUUUUUGAAAGGGGGAUAGACACUGAAGUUCGAGAUCACCAAGGUCGAACACCUCUACAUCUGGCUGCACUUCAUGGUAACGAAGACGCAUUCUCAAUUCUUAUCAAUAAGCUAAAAGCCAACAGGGAGGCCACGGAUAAUACCGGGAAACAAUUACUUCAUCUUGCCGCUGUCAGUGAAGUGAAAAUCAUGGGCAAACUGCUCAGUACCUUCGACGCAGAUGUCAAUUGCGUUGAUGAGAAUCGUGAGACUCCGCUCCACCUAGUAGUGCGGGAAGGGAAAAAGACAGCCAUCGAAGCUUUGAUGGAUCGGGACGCCAACUUGGAGGCUAGAAACAAGAGCGGGGAAACACCUUUGAUGAUCGCCUGUACCCUGGGUUGGAUUCAAAUUGUCAAGCGGCUAGUUGUCUUGGGUGGCAAUGUAGACACACUGACUGACUCAGGGUCCUCAACUCUGAAUAAAGCUGUCACGGGCGGUCAUGGGAAGGUAGUGGAAUAUCCUUUGCCCAAGGGUGUUAACAAAGACUGUCAGGACAAGGAAGGACGGACUGCUUUGCAUGAGGCAGCAAUGUCCGGACAGACAAAGACUGUUCGAUUGCUAAUAUACGCCAGGGCUAAUAAGGAAAUACCUGACGACAACGGCAUGACGCCACUUCACCACGCGGCAAAGGAAGGCUAUAGUGCAGUUGCCAGGGUACUGCUGAAGGCAGGUGCUGAUAAAGACGCGAAGGUUAAUGGAGGUAUGACUCCACUGCACUACGCAGCAAGAGAAACCACGCCACACUAUAUAGGAGGCCUUAAGCGCCGUAAUUUCGGUACGGUAAUGCAACAGACCAGGGAGAUAGCGAAUCCGGGGCGCGAAAGGAUUGUGAGACUCCUCUUAAAAGCGGGCGCAGAUAGAAAAUCUGUUAACAAAGAGGGGGAAACGGCACGACAAAUGGCAGAAGAGGCAGGCAAGAAAGGGAUGGUGGAAAUGUUGGACACAAUUCUGGCAAAGUGA